UGCUGAGAUGACGUGAGAGGAGUUAGACUUGCUUGUAACCAUAACUAUUUUUGAACAAGAGCUUCAUUUUAGAAAUUGUAACCACCUAAGAAAAGCUGACUUGAAAUUUUUGGCUGCAAAAUAAUUUUGCAUUGCAGUUCGUCAAAUGAUUCCCUGUGACUCUCAUGUGUUAGGUAAUCCUGAAAGAGGAGUAUAUGAAAUAGAGUAUGAGGAAGCACUUAACUGGUAUGCAAUAAGAUUUGGUCUCUUUUUUAGGAUAUUUUCGAGGAUAAAUGCAGAUUUUUCAGGCAUAGAUAAUCAAAACAGGUUAGCCUCUUUUGAAACAUAAAGCAUUCUUAUUUUAGCUUGCUCUUUUCUUUUUUAUCUUCCCCCCCCCCCACCACCACCACCUUGUUUCUACCUCUGAUUGAAUCCAAGGGAGACCUGGCACAGAUUCUACUGUUUUGGCUAUUUAAUAAAUGUGUUUUUUCUCAUUCUGCUGAGCUGAUGUUUAGCUGUGAUUGAAAAUAAGCAUCUUAAAUGUUUGGAAAAAUACCUGCUAUGCUGAAACAAUGGAUUGCUUAUGCAUUGUAACAACAAAGAAAUACCGCUAUCAGGAUGAAGAUACACCUUCACAGGAGCACAGCUCUCCCCACAUUACCAGCGAGGUGACAGGUCCAGAGCUGGUUCAUGUAUCAGAGAAGAACCUGUCGCAGAUUGAGAAUGUACAUGGAUUUGUCUCUCAUUCUCAUAUUUCACCAGUAAAGCCCACAGAAGCUGUUUCUUCCUCUUCUCCCAUUGUCCCUGUGAUCCCUGUCCCUCCAGUCCCUGCUGAGACCACUGUCAUCCCAUCCACCAUACCACAGGCAAAUCCCCCUCCGGUACUGGUGAAUACAGAUUCUUUGGAAACUCCGACAUAUGUCAAUGGCACAGAUGCAGAUUAUGAGUAUGAAGAAAUUACUCUCGAAAGGGGAAAUUCAGGACUUGGCUUUAGCAUUGCAGGUGGAACAGACAACCCGCAUAUUGGAGAUGAUUCGAGCAUUUUCAUUACAAAAAUUAUAGCUGGGGGUGCAGCUGCACAGGAUGGAAGAUUACGGGUAAAUGACUGUAUUCUACGAGUAAAUGAGGUGGAUGUUCGUGAUGUGACACACAGCAAAGCAGUUGAAGCACUGAAAGAAGCAGGAUCAAUUGUACGGUUGUAUGUCAAAAGAAGAAAACCAGUCACAGAAAAAAUAGUAGAGAUAAAACUCGUAAAAGGCCCUAAAGGUCUUGGUUUCAGUAUUGCUGGUGGUGUAGGAAAUCAGCAUAUACCUGGAGACAACAGCAUCUAUGUAACCAAAAUCAUAGAAGGAGGGGCGGCCCAUAAAGAUGGCAAACUUCAGAUUGGAGACAAACUUUUAGCUGUGAACAGUGUUUGCUUAGAAGAAGUUACUCAUGAAGAAGCAGUGACUGCCUUAAAAAACACAUCUGACUUUGUUUAUCUGAAAGUUGCAAAACCCACCAGCAUGUUCAUGAAUGAUAGUUAUGCCCCACCUGACAUCACAAACUCCUAUUCUCAGCCAGUGGACAACCAUAUCACUCCGCCUGCUUACCUGGGACAGUCCCUGCCCCCAGCAUCGCCAGGACGGUAUUCGCCGGUUCCCAAGGGAAUGCUUGGAGAUGAUGAGAUUACCAGGCAGCCUAGAAAAGUUGUCCUGCAUCGAGGAUCAACAGGUCUUGGUUUCAACAUUGUUGGAGGAGAAGAUGGAGAAGGAAUUUUCAUCUCUUUCAUCCUUGCAGGAGGGCCUGCUGACCUGAGUGGAGAGCUUAGGAAAGGAGAUCGUAUAAUUUCGGUAAACGGGGUAGACCUCAAAGCAGCAACUCAUGAACAAGCGGCGGCAGCCCUGAAGAACGCAGGCCAAGCAGUAACUAUUGUUGCUCAGUAUCGUCCAGAAGAAUACAGUCGUUUUGAAGCUAAAAUACAUGAUUUACGGGAACAGAUGAUGAACAGUAGCAUUAGUUCAGGAUCAGGAUCUUUGCGAACCAGCCAGAAGAGAUCCCUAUAUGUCAGAGCUCUCUUUGAUUAUGACAAGACUAAAGACAGUGGCCUUCCAAGUCAAGGACUGAACUUUAAAUUUGGCGAUAUUCUCCAUGUCAUUAAUGCUUCUGAUGAUGAAUGGUGGCAGGCACGGCAGGUAACUCCAGAUGGAGAAAGUGAUGAAAUUGGAGUUAUCCCAAGCAAACGCAGAGUUGAGAAAAAAGAACGAGCCCGUUUAAAGACAGUGAAAUUCAACUCCAAAACAAGAGGAGAUAAAGGGCAGUCAUUCAAUGACAAGCGUAAAAAGAACCUCUUUUCCCGAAAAUUUCCCUUCUACAAGAACAAGGACCAGAGUGAGCAGGAAACCAGUGAUAUUGACCAGCAUGUAACCUCUAAUGCCAGCGAUAGUGAAAGUAGUUACCGCGGCCAGGAGGAAUAUGUCUUGUCAUAUGAACCGGUCAAUCAGCAAGAAGUCAAUUAUACUCGACCUGUGAUUGUGUUGGGACCCAUGAAAGACAGGAUAAAUGAUGAUCUGAUCUCAGAAUUUCCAGACAAAUUUGGCUCCUGUGUUCCACAUACUACUAGACCAAAACGAGAUUAUGAGGUGGAUGGACGUGAUUACCAUUUUGUCACUUCUCGAGAGCAAAUGGAGAAGGAUAUUCAGGAUCACAAAUUCAUUGAAGCUGGCCAGUACAAUAAUCAUCUUUAUGGCACAAGUGUCCAGUCAGUGCGAGAAGUAGCAGAAAAGGGUAAACAUUGCAUUCUUGAUGUUUCUGGUAAUGCGAUCAAAAGGUUGCAGAUUGCCCAGCUGUACCCAAUCUCCAUUUUUAUUAAACCCAAAACGGUGGAAAACAUCAUGGAAAUGAAUAAACGCUUAACAGAAGAGCAAGCCAGGAAGACAUUUGAGAGAGCCAUGAAACUGGAGCAAGAAUUUACUGAACAUUUCACAGCUAUUGUCCAAGGAGACACACUGGAAGAAAUCUACAACCAAGUGAAACAGAUCAUAGAAGAACAGUCGGGGCCUUACAUCUGGGUUCCAGCAAAGGAAAAAUUAUGAAAAUAGGUUUUUAUUUUUCGUUUUCUAACUGACGUCCCCUACUACAUCUGACAACUCUUAAGCCCUUCCAGUGGAGCCUGCCUCUAGUUCUUUCCAGCGUGGUUCAUGUCCUAACCAUCACAUUCUGCAGUUCUCAUAAUGCUAUACAUCUGGUGUCUCUUAGUUUAAAUAAUUUGUAUUGUGUGUUGUUGGUUUGCCAUUUUUCAAACAUGACAAGUGGAAUGGCCUGACCAGCUA